GCCUCCUCUUCCUCCCUCCUCCUCUUCCUCCGGCCCGUGCGUGUCGUCUGAAGCGCCGCCGCCGCCGCUCGGUCACUCUCCGCGAGGCGCGCGUCAGAGCAGAAACAUGGCGGCGAACCGGGUCAUCGUCUACGGCGGGAAAGGCGCCCUGGGCUCCAAGUGUGUGCAGCACUUCAGGUCCCAAGGCUGGUGGGUCGCCAGCAUCGACAUGGCCGCGAACGACGAGGCGAGCGAGAACGUGAUCGUGAAGAUGAGCGAGUGCUUCGCCGAGCAGGCGGGACAGGUGACGUCAGACGUGUCCCGGUUGCUGGGGGAACAGAAAGUGGACGCCAUCUUGUGCGUGGCAGGAGGAUGGGCCGGUGGAAGCUGCAGCUCCAAAGAUUUAUAUAAAAACGCAGACCUGAUGUGGAAGCAGAGCGUGUGGACCUCCACCAUCUCCAGCCACCUCGCUGCUCUGCACCUGAAACCCGGCGGGCUGUUGACGCUGGCUGGGGCCAAAGCAGCGCUUUCAGGCACCGGAGGCAUGGUGGGCUACGGCAUGGCCAAAGCUGCCGUCCACCAGCUGUGUCAGAGUCUGGCAGCUAAAAACAGUGGAAUGCCGUCAGGAGCCGCGGCCGUGGCCAUUCUACCGGUUACCUUGGAUACGCCGAUGAACAGGAAGUUCAUGCCUGACGCAGACUUCAGUUCCUGGACGCCGCUGGAGUACAUCGCAGAAAUGUUUUUCAACUGGGCCUCUGGUGUGGACCGGCCGGCAUCAGGAAGCCUGAUGAAGAUAGAGACCUCCGCAGGUGAAACCCAGGCUGUGUCCGCUUUGUAGGGAGCAGAGUGGAGCUGCGGAGCCGGAGACGGGGGUUCGAAGACCAAUGGAAGCGGAGACGGAGAAGUGAAAUGAUUGAAACCAGAGGAGGAUUUAGUGAAAAAAGUCGGAGGGUGUAGAGGUGGGAAAGAGAUUGUGACAGUGAGCAGCUGAGUCAAAUAAGGAGGUGGAGGUGAGGCGGCCGGACGGGUUUGUUUGUGACUGGUGAGGAUGAGGAGGAUGAGGAAGGCCGGCUUUCUUUGCCAAGGUGGCACCACAGCACCAUCUAGCUGUAGAUCUGCAGCUACAAUCAGACUGGAAGUAGUGAAGCUGAUUCUGUGUCACCAUUUCAUGCCAUUCGUCUCACUCCGUAGCUGCAGCUGUUUUCUGUGACAUCUGUGCAGGUCGACGCUCUACAGCGAGUCUUACGUGAUGUGUGGCGUCUGUAGAUCUGUUAGUUUGUGCUGUGUAGAGUCUGUGAAGGGCCUAGACGCUGAAGAAAAGCCGCUGUCUUCUCUGAAACGGACAAAUCGCUUUAAAAUGCAGUGGCCUUAUUCUCCGUUUGUUCCAUUCAAGUGUCCUUGGUGUCUGUGGUUGAGGGGAGGUCUGCUCUUCCUGUCGUCGUUUGUUGUAACUGUGUCAAAGUCACAAUAAAAUGAUAAAAUAACAACAAA